AUGGAAGACUUGAGCAUUAAAUAUGUCAACGUGGAAAAAGCAGAGAACCUGGAGAAGCACAGGACAGAAGGCUUCAGCAGCUCCAAACCUCUGGUGGUCAGAAGAGGAGCCCCGUUCAAAAUCAGUCUCCAGCUGAAGGGUCGACCCUUCAACCCCAAGACUGAUGCUGUGAAGAUCAAAGUUAAACUAGGCCGCCUGUAUGUGACAAUGCCAGUCACUUUCUCCACAAAGGUUUCUUUAUCCCGUUGGAGCGCCUAUAUGGACCCGGAGUCCUUGAACCUCCAGGCUCCGUCCAUCUUCAUCUCCUCUCCUGCCUCUGCCUCAGUGGGCAGCUAUAGAUUUCAGCUAGAUCUGUUCACUCAGCAAAGCAAGAGGAGGUACAACUUGGGCAAAUUCAUUCUACUGUGCAACCCCUGGUGCAGAGAAGAUACAGUUCACAUUCCCUUUGAGGACCAGAGAGAAGAAUACGUCCAGAAUGACUCUGGGCUGCUGUUUAUGGGGACAACUAAAAACCUUGUGUCAAGACCAUGGUCCUUUGAUCAGUAUGAGCCUAGUAUCCUAGAGACAUGCCUGAAUCUGCUCCAAGUCAGCCCUCAGCAUCAAAGGGACAGACGGAUGGAUUACCUGAACCGAAACAACCCCGUCUAUAUAGGCCGGGUUGUGUCUGCCAUGAUCAACAGUGAAGAUGACCGUGGAGUGCUUAAAGGAAACUGGUCAAACAAUUUCAAAGAAGGAGUUCAUCCCUCCACAUGGACCGGGAGUGGAGACAUCUUGAAACAGUGGGCCCUUUCUGGUUACAGGCCAGUCAAGUACGGACAGUGCUGGGUGUUUGCAGCUGUCAUGUGCACAGUCAUGAGAGCUCUCGGCAUUCCUUGCCGUGUGGUCACAAACUACAACUCUGCUCACGACACCAACAAGAACCUGGUGAUUGAGGAGUACUACAAUGAAAAAGGGGAGAAACUCAAUUACAGCAAAGACAGCAUAUGGAACUUCCAUGUGUGGGUGGAGUGCUGGAUGGCUCGACAGGAUCUGGGAUCUGGAAUGAAUGGCUGGCAGGUUUUGGAUCCGACCCCCCAGGAAAGGAGUGGAGGAGUGUUCUGCUGUGGCCCAGCCCCUGUCAAAGCCAUCAAGGAUCAGCGCAUGGACCUGUUUUAUGACAUCCCCUUUGUCUAUGCUGAGGUGAAUGCUGAUGUCCACACAGUCAUAGUGAGCCAUGGUCGGGGAGUUGGCUACAGCAAAGACACCGAGAGAGUUGGAUCCCUCGUCUGCACCAAGGCUAUAGGCCUCCCCAGACUCCAAAACAUCACAGGAGACUACAAAUUCAUCAAAAGCCCAACUCCCUCACUUGCAUCAAGAAGCUCCACAAUAGCGGACGAUUCAACAUUAAGGAGAGCAAGUUCGUCCAAGAAGGUGCUGGUGUCUCUGAGCCUGGAAAAAGCUCCUGUCGCUGGAGAACCUAUCCGCUUCACAGUUAAAGUCAUCAACAAGCAGGAUGUCGCCAAGACGAUGAAGGUGUGUCUCAACGCCCAGGCUAAAGAAUACAACAGCAGCCCCUCAGAGACCUUCUGGGAAACUCACGGCAUCAUGAAACUGGCACCCAUGGAAGUCAAGGUGCUGAACCAGCAGAUCCUGCCAGCCCAGUAUGAGGAUGUGGUGGGAGAUGACCUGAUCAACCUUGCAGUAGUCCUGGAGGACACAGUCAGUCAGGAGCUCUGCCUGGCCUCAGAGGAGUUCAAUAUCGCCAGCCCAAACCUCCUCAUACAGGUUGCAGAUGAAAACUCCAUUGGGCUUAACAAAGAACAGACUGCCACCGUGACCUUCACCAACCCAUUUUCUCAGCCAGUGAGCGGAGUACUGACUGUAGCCGGGGCCGGGUUGAUCCACGAAAAACGUAUCUUCAGGAUGGCCCCAUUGCCUCCAGGAUUAACAGUGGAGCAGCGUAUCACCUUCAUACCCAGCAAAGUGGGAACAAAGAUGCUGCAGGCCAGCCUGACACUCACAAAUAUCAGAUCCACUAUCAGAGGCUUCAAGAUGGUCUCUAUCAAAAGAAGUUAGAUCCUUUUUUCAUGUCUUUUUGCCUCAUUUGGCUCAG